AUGUCGCGGAGACUCAGCCGGGAAAAGCCCGAUUUGACGAUGCUGGGAAACUAUUCAACCCUUGGGCGCCGUCGCGCUUUACCGGUGGGAGCCUCCGGGGUCUAUGCACAAGAGACUGCAGACGCCGCGGAACGCAAGACAUGCGUUGUCAAGGCUAGCGGAACCAACACCACCGACGACGCGUCUGCUAUACUCGAGGCGUUCACGCAGUGCGGCCGGCGCGGCAAUGUCGUGUUCGAGCCAACGACGUACUAUGUCAACUCCGCUUUGAAUGUCACUUGGCUGGACGAUGUCGAGAUUAAUCUCCAGGGAACUCUGCUGCUACGUUACUGUUCCACGGCAGGCUUAUCACCCACCUUCCCGAUCUUGACUGCCGUUUGCAACUCGCUGGACGUCGGGUAUCAGAAUCAGUCCACUGCCUUUAUACUCGGCGGCAAUAAUGUCCGUCUCAACGGUCAUGGGCAAGGCACUUUCGAUGGCAACGGCGACUACUGGUAUGAAUGGAUUAGACAGCAGGCGAACACUUCCAACUACCCUGGUCGUCCACAUGCUCUCACUCUCAACGGGUUGCGGAACUCUGUGGUGAAGGGAGUUAACUUCCUGAGAAGUCAGAUGUGGACUCUGUCCAUAAUCUACUCUCACAACGUCGUCCUCGAUAGCAUCUUAGUCAACAACACUGGCAGUCGAUUCCAGAGCUCGAACACGGACGGUGCCUACACGAUCCGCUCCUCCGGCAUCAAGUUCAACAACUGGACUGUCUACAGUGGCGACGAUAGCAUCUCUCUUAAAGCAAACAGUACUGAUGUCAGCAUCACGAACUCCAAGUUCUACAAUGUUUUGGGCAUUGCGCUCGGCAGCAUCGGACAAUACAACGACCAGUUCGAGACCAUUGAAAGACUGAAGGUCGAGAAUUGCUUCUUUGACAACACGUUGCAUGCAGUCUACUUCAAAACUUGGACAGACGACCAGAACGGCUACCCUCCUAAUGGCGGCGGCGGCGGCGGGCUUGGAUUUGCAUCGGAUAUGUCUUUCAAGAACCUCACCGUUCAGGGCAUGCGCGGCGCUGCGUUCGCAAUUUCUCAGUGCACCCGCUUCCGCGGUGCCCCCGGGGUGGGCAACUGCACCAACUCGCAGUUCCAGAUUCGCGAUAUCACCCUCGACGGCAUGGUAGGCACGACCAAGUCAUCCCGCGUCGCCAGUCUCCAAUGCAGUGCUGUUGCACCUUGCACCAACAUCGGGCUCUUCGACGUCGACCUGGAGUUUGCCAACGGGACUGCUGCCACUUCAUACCUUUGUGGAAACGCCGUGAACCCCCAAGGCUUUAACUGUACUGGGACUCCUUGUGUGGGAGGAAGUGCAACGGGUGAAUUCUGA